CCCUAACAUGUUAGGACGUGAAUUGCAAGCGUCUUGCUCUUGGAUCACUACAUCCAGGUCGUAUCUGUCGAGCACCGUCGAAAGUAACGAGAGCGAAAUUUUCAUGCUUGUUUGAUUGCUCACCAUUCGCAUAAGUCGAGAAUGCCUGUUUAUUUUAGCUCAGGUCGUCGAUUCGUUACCAGCGCGGCUCAGUGAGCUAUAGCGCUGCUAGCAGGUUGAUUGAUUUCUCUCGUGCACAAAAUGAGAUACGGCUGCAGCAAACUCUUCUCGAGUGUUAGCUCUUUGUUGCAUCGACAAGUUCCUUUGCCAGUAUGUGAAAUUCCGGUCGGAAGCAGGAGUUACGGGCUGGUGCCUAUGGUAAUCGAGCACACAUCACGAGGCGAACGAGCGUACGAUAUAUUUUCUCGUCUUCUGAAAGAGCGCAUUGUGUCCAUACAUGGUCCAAUCUCUGACGAUACCGCCUCCCUCGUUGUCGCCCAGCUUUUGUACUUGGAAUCAGAGCAUCCAGAAAAACCAAUUCACUUGUACAUCAAUUCUCCGGGAGGAGUUGUCACGGCUGGAUUGGCCAUCUAUGACACAAUGCAGUAUAUAAGGAGCCCACCAUCAGGAGGAGCAAGCGGUCAAGCUAGUGAUAUUGCGAUUCAGGCACGGGAGAUCCUCGAUAUGAGGAUGCGUUUGAACAAACUGUAUGUUCGUCAUACAGGGAAAGACAUCGAGGCUAUUGAGCAGAGCAUGGAGAGGGAUCACUUCAUGUCCCCCGAAGAGGCAAAGGGAUUUGGUUUGAUUGAUGAAGUUAUCGAAAGAAGGCCUGUUUCACUAAUUGCGGACAUUGUUGGCGGCACUGUUAAAGCUUAGAAUCGGUAGAACAAUUUGUGUACAAUCACAAACAGAGACCAAAUACGUCUCCCCGAUUUGCAUUGGGUUUGCCAGAAAUUUGGUACGAAACUUGAAGAGCGCAAAGAGAAACAAAUGCAACAUAGAUUUACGCUCUGGUGGGUCCGUAAAUGAAGAAGUUAAAACGAAGUGUUCAUGCAUCUUGAAAUCGGCCAUGUAAAUUUUCAGCAGAAAAAUUUUGUGAAGUUUGUUCUGAUCAUUGUCGAGAGUGAUUAUGUUAUUUGAUCGUGCACGUGAGUGUUCAUCUGAGACAUGGAGGUCAGACGACCUAGAAGAUUGUUGUUUUCUUGCAAGUUGUCCUGAAAGCGACCGAGUCGGGUUUUGUAUAUAGCAAUGCUCACUAUUUUGAUAGAAUCAGUUAGAAGUUUGGAACACAUUUUGUUGUUUGACAAUUCUGUGGUACUUGUUUAAUUAAUCCAUGAACGGACAAGUUCUGUAGAUGUUUGAAUUUGUCUGUACAUGUGUACGAAGAAUAUUAUGCGAAGAAGCAACUCGUAUGUUUGUAGAUCUUUUGACUUAUAUAGGUAAGGAUAUGUGAGCUGCAGGACGAUUAAUUUCCAGUGUGGUGCUAAUGAGUCCUUCCCAACGAAACCCUAUGGUUUCAUCGCUGAAAUACAGAGGGGGUCUUUUCAUCGUUUUACCGUUUUAACGUCCAAUUUGAUUCACAUUUUCGUUUCAUUCUUCACUCUUUCAUGUAUACUCGGUUUUCAGAUUUCAGAAGAUGUAGAAAACCGAAGUUUAGCCACGUCAGGAUAUGGUUUUACACAAAUUGCGAGUAAUUCAACUUUAGUGAAAACGCGGAAGCCAGCAACAUUUGCAAUGUCCGCUUGCGUUGUUAUUUUUGGGCUAAAGUUACUUCUAGCAUACGCGAUGGCGACUGUCUUUGCCAUUUCACCAUGUGUAUAAAACGAUUAUUAUUACUCUGGUGAAUAUAGGAACAUGCUGACAUAUGGCUACGGCCAAAUUUCAUAUUCAUCAAUGCAAGUCAGGCUUCACAUAUUGCCAUGUAAACAAGUUCCUAUUGGCA